UAUUUGAGACACUGUAUAAAAUAUUGAUGCUCUCCAGUCGGAAAAAAAUCAACAAUGAAUGUCACACAAUUUUUGAUUUUAUUGUCAUUGUGCUGUGCAACAAUUAAGUGCAGCAAAAUUCUAAUUAUGCCAAUGGAUUUUGGGUACAACAGCAGGCUAAUGAACAUGCUUAAGAUGGGGAAGGUGUUACUUGGUGCAGGACAUCAAAUUACCAUGAUGGUUUCUGAUAAUAUUGAAAAAGAUGCAAUGUACAAAAUGGCAGAAAAGAACAGUGUAACAUCAUUUGAAGUAAUACGUUACCCCAUGCCUGUGAUGGAUCAAACAACUCUCAACCAGGACUGGUUAAACAGCAUGAUGGAAGUUAGUGUGUUUGAGAGUAUAAAACAACUCGUGGAUUUCCAUUGUCUCAUAUUCUCCCACUCUAUGAAGGUCUGGGACCAGAUAGCCAAUGAACAUUUCGACCUAAUUAUAGCUGAUGAAGCAAUGAUUUCCGCACGUUUAGUUUCUGCCAGUCUCAAUAUCCCAUUGAUUACAUACAUAAAUUGGGGACCAAUGUCUGGUGAAGUUGGAUAUGUGCAAAGGUUUAAUCUAGCUUAUGUGCCUGCCUUCAUGACUGCAGUUACGGAUACAAUGUCCUUCACGGAAAGAAUUUCAAACAUUUGGGAAUAUUUUCACCUUCAAAUUGCAAUGUCUGGUAUAUAUGAAAAAUUGAUAGUGAUUUGUAGAGAAUAUGGCUAUGGGAAUGCCUGCGAUAACAUACAGGAUUCACCGAAGACUGUCUCAUUGGUGUUCAUCAACAGAAAUGAUGCCCUGCAUUACCCAGCCCCCUUCAUGCCACACGUCAUAUCUAUAGAGGGAAUUUUUAUUGACAAGCCAAAACCUUUGAGUCAACACUAUGCAGAUAUCAUAGAACAAGCUGGAAAUAAUGGAAUUAUUGUUGUGAGUUUUGGAUCAAUGUUUCGUAGACUUUGGCCUGAACUUAGUACUAUAUUUGCCAAAGCAUUCGCAGCUAUGCCCCAAACAGUGAUAUGGAGUUAUGAAGGCCCUACGCCAGAAGGCCUUGGUAAUAACACUAUUGUAAAUAAAUGGAUACCACAAGAGGACUUAAUGAACCAUCCAGCAACUAAGCUUUUUGUUACCCAAUGUGGGGCUGCAUCUACGUUCCAAGCUAUGAAUAAUGCUCUACCAACCAUUGGGAUCCCAUUCUUUUGGGAUCAACCUUACAACUGCAGAUUACUCUCUGACAGAAUAAAGUCAGGCAAAACAGUCUCCUUGAAAGACAUCACCAGUGAGAAACUCCAGCAUGCCAUGGAGGAUGUGAUUAAAGACAGGACAUACAAGGAGAAUGCUGACAAAGCUGCAGCGAUAUACCAUGAUCAACCAAUACCACCUCGAGAUAAAGUCAUCUACUGGGCUGAAUAUGUAAUACGCCACAAGGGUGCACCCCAUUUGCGCUCCCAAGCUGCUAAUGAACUGAAUUUCUUCCAAUACUUCUUACUGGAUAUCAUAGGUAUGGUUUGUGUCAUGUGCAUUAUUGUUGGGAUAAUUGUAAUUUUGAUGAUCAAGAAGACUAUAAGCUUCUUUACAAAUCUUGGAAAAAGAAAACUUGACUAAAAAUCAUCAAUGAUAAACCAUAGAAGCACUAUAAGCAUUACAAGCCAUUACCAUGCAAAAUGUCACUACCUGCCCUGAACUAAUAUUAAGCCCAAUAUACAAUAUAUUUCCCAUUUGCCCCAUUGAGUCCAAGCCCCAUUGAAUCUCAACUUGCCCCAUCGAAUCCCACAAAGACCUCGUUAACUUUGCCUCAUGUAGCCCAAUCAAGUCCCACCAUGCCCUAUUGAGACCCAAAAAUCGAAUGAAGUCCCAUGUAAUAUUAAGUCUAUGGAGGUCCCAUUGUGCCCCAUUGGUGUAUGUUGGGCUUAAGAUGAUAAUUAAAAAUUAUCAUACAACCCAUAUCUAUAUUUUAGUCUGAAUAACAGAGAAAAGGUUCUGAAAUAAAAGCACUUGAAAAAACUGUACCUAUAUGAGCAUAGCUUUCAUUAUGUUGCUUGUAAUUUUAACAGAAACCCUUGAACUUUGCACAGCUAAGUGUUUUAUAAAAGUUGUUUGACACCAUUUGACAUCAUUAAUGCUGCUU